UUCACUGAAAAGUUUGACUCGACGCAAGGAGCCUGCACGGAGCUGCAAGGCCAAAAACAAGCGGAUAAGUUUUAUUAGUCUGUUUUUCCCUCGGAGCGAACAUGGAGUCCGUGGCUCAGAAAGUGCUCUCAUCAGGGUUCACCCUCGACUUUGGACCCCUGAAGGAGCCCCUGGCGUUCAUCCGUGUGCUGGAGUGGGUUUUUUCCAUAUUCGCCUUCGCCACGACUGGAGGUUACAGCGGAUCCACCUCGUUCAACGUCAAGUGCAAUGGAAGCAAAAGCGAGGAAGUGACUGCGUUGUUCAACUACCCGUUCAGGUUGAUGGACCAUCCCUAUCACGUUACCGAUUGUGAAACCGAUGGAACCAAAACCUACUUCCUGACCGGAGAUCACUCGUCCUCUGCACAGUUCUACGUCUGCAUCGGAGUUUUGGCUUUUCUCUACAGCACCGCCUCGUUAAUCCUCUAUCUGGGCUAUCAGCACUUGUACAGAGAAUCCACUCGGGGUCCCAUCACGGAUCUGCUGGUGACUGCAUCCUUGGCUUUCCUGUGGCUCGCAUCAUCCUCCGCCUGGGCUAGAGGUUUGACUGAUGUCAAAACAGCCACUAGUUUUGAAACUAUUUCCAGUGUUCUUGGCGUUUGCAAGACGAGCACAUGCACCCCAGGAGCCUUGCCCUCUAUGGGCAAAUUAAAUGCUUCUGUGAUAUUUGGAUUCCUAAACCUCAUCCUGUGGGGAGGAAAUUGUUGGUUUAUAUACAAAGAAACUCCUUUCCACAAGACAAAUCAGCCUGCCAACGGUGAAGCUGGAUUGACGCCAUCGUAACUGCACGGCUCCCUCUUUUCAAAAACAGUCUGAUAUAUGCAACUGACUGCAAUUUUUGCAGAAAAGAUUCUAAUUUUAUGCUGUUUUUUUUUUUGUUUGGUUGUUUUUUUUUUUUUUUUUUUGCUUAAUGAGAAAUUUAUUUUUGUCAUUUCAUCUAAAAAGGUACUAAAAUGUAUUGUUUAGCCAAAUAUUAAUACAGACUGACCCAUGUAAUACUAAAGCAUGCAGACUUUUGAGUUUUGAGUUUGUAGAUAACGGGUACAAAUGCAAAACCUGCUUUAACAGCUGCACACCUUUUUCACAGGAUACUGUACAGUAUCUUUGUUCAAUGUAAAUUUUCUGCAAUUAUAUAUUGUCCAAAACUCAGGGCUGAUAAGAAUAUUAAUCAGAUUUCCAGUUUCAGUUCAAGUACUUGAAUGUGUUUAGUUAAAAUGAAGCCCAUGUUUAAAUUAUAUAAGUGCCACCGUGAGAUUAUUAUGUAAAGGUCAAAUAGUUUUUGUUUUUCUUCCUUUUGCGGUCAUAAUAAUUGUUGUUACAGUAAGGGUAAUAUUUCUAGUUUAGACUAACUUCUGAAUAUUGUGCUGAAUGGAGUGUUUCUGUUGAACCCGUUAAAAGCAUUUUACUGUUAAAUUUUCAAAUAAAAAAAAUAAAAUUCUCGUUACAUAAGA